UCGCCAUUCUGUUUGAGCGAGCGUUAGUUUCCCGUUCUCUUUGUUCGAUCGUUCGUUGUGUGCUUUGGAAGGGAUGGUAUGGUUGUUUGGGGAGAUUUUGGGGAAUGCAUUUUUUGUUGUACUUUGGAUACUGCAUUCAUGUUUGUGUUUCCUUCUACAGGUAUAAAAGAAGUCUCUGUACUCGUAUCAAUCAGAAUCAGAACGAUCUUCGACUCGAUCGCAUACCAGCAUCCAACUCAAAUCCCCAUCCAGCAAUCAUGAAGUGCAUCGCAGCUGUAGUCAUGGUGGCUCUGGCCGUCGUCGCUGAGUGCGGCCUUAUUCCGGCUCCGGUGGUGUACUCUGCUCCCCAGACGACUGUCUUCCAGCAGAAUGUGGCUCCGAAGUACGUGGUUCCGGCCCCUCUCGCAUACGCCGCUUCCCCUUACUCCUAUGCCGCUCCGGCCUACUCCUAUGCUGCGCAAUCCGUCUCCCAUGCCGUCCCAGCCGUCUCGUAUACCCGUGUCGCCUCAGUAGCUCCAGUCGCCUACUCCGCGCCAUCGUUCUACGCUGAUUUGGAUGUAGUGGAAGCUGCUCCAGUGGCCGUAGCUCCUGCUGCCACCGUCGUCGCCCAGCCCGCCGUUGCUGUUGUCGCCCAGAAGGAGGCUCGCUAUGUCGCUGCCAACCGUGGCGCCGUCCACGAGGCUCCUCUGGCCGGACAUGCCGUCAACCAGCAGUCCCUGAACCUUGAAGCUGCAAUAGAAAUGACAUUGACGGUGAAUAAUUAUGUGCACAUUCGAAAGUGACUUAGAAAACCCUGUAAUCUACAAGACCAAUGAGCAUGGUUCAGGCGUCAACCCAUACGACUUAACAACAUGCCCGUGAUGGGUCCAAGCCCCAAAUAGACCGUACUCUCCUACGUAGGUCUGAGUAUCCUGCUAUGCGUACAUCAAUUAGUCACUGAAAGUUAAGCCCACUAGUAAGUACAGGCAGCCUUGACUGACUACGGUUGGUGUCCCAAAGAAGAAUAAGUAGAAGACCAAUCAUGUUUUCAGUUGAAUGUUCCAUUUAUUUACAAUUCCACAUACAUUUGAUCGAGAUCACAGUCAUUUACGCCACAAUCGACUUCUGGUUGACCAGAUGGCCUGGCAGAGGGG